GAUUAAAAAUACCUAAGUCAAGAUGUAAUCAUUAAAAUAAAUAAACCCCAGUGCUAUAUCUGAUGUUACUUGCUUACAAAUUGAUACCCAGAUAGCAGAGAAGAAAAGAAAAAUUAGACUUCCUAAGAAAAGAAGAGGGAAAAAUGCGUCUCCGGAUUGCUUCUUGUGGCAUCAUUGUUUACGCACUACUUGUUCUAUUGACUGCACAAGAGAGUAAUGCAAGGAAGCUGGUUACAGGAAAUGGAAAAGAUGUUAACAAGAAGGAAUAUGAUAUACAUCAACAUACCAUGGUUGGCCAUCUAAGCCUUCAGGACGAUUCUGAGCGGAGCAAUGUUGGUCAUAUAGAGAUCAAUCGUAAGCAUAUAGGCGAAGAGGUACGUGAGGAGAAUGGUCAUGAAAGGAUCCUAAAGAAGCAUGCGCAUGCUCAUCCAGAAAUGCACAUGGAUCACAUGGACCCUGCGCUAAAUGUUUUUUUGGCUAUAGAUGAUCUAAAAGUUGGGAAAUCAAUGCCAAUUUAUUUUCCCAGAAAGGAUCCUUCAAUGUCUCCUAGAUUGCUUCCCAGAGAAGAAGUUGAUUCCAUUCCUUUCUCAUCAACACAGCUUCCAUACCUUCUUGAAUUCUUCUCCUUCUCCAAGGAGUCAACCGAAGCCAAGGCUAUGGAAUACACACUGGGACAAUGUGAGCUUGAACCCAUUAAAGGAGAGACCAAGUUCUGUGCUACCUCCUUUGAGUCCUUGCUUGAUUUUCCACGUAGCUUCUUUGGAUUGAAUAGUCGUCUAAAAGUUAUAACCGCUACUGAUCUCAGAAAUUCAACAGUACUUAUACAGAACUAUACCUUUUUGGGAGUGAAGGAGAUUUCAGCACCCAAAAUGAUAGCUUGUCAUCCUAUGCCUUACCCUUAUGCAGUUUUCUACUGCCAUGGCCAAGAGAGUGAGAAUAGGCUGUUUGAAGUUUCGCUAGAUGGUGAGAAUGGAGAGACAGUGCAAGCAGCUGCUUUUUGCCACAUGGAUACCUCUCAGUGGGAUCCUGAACACGUGUCAUUUCGUGUGCUCGGAGUUGAACCCGGAAGCUCUCCCGUGUGCCAUUUCUUUCCCGCAGACAAUAUAAUUUGGGUGCCCAUCAUGUCAGCUUAGAUUAUAUUGAAGUCCUUAUGCUUCAAUAUAUUGAACUGUUUAUGUAAUAAUGCAUGCAUAGGUGUCCAGCGAAGUGGUUAUUAGUUUACAACACUUUCAAGUUAAGAAGUCGUAAAUUCAGGCCAACGACGGCACUGGCCGGAGACUACGGAGUAAUGCUUCUAGUCUUGGAGGCAUUAAUUAUAUGUAAUAAAAAUCUUUACUUUUUUUGCUAUAAAUGAUGAAAAAACACAUUAUUUGAAGCA